UCUGUUGUAGUGUUGAAAUUGUAUCGUUUGAAACAAUAGAAAAAUUGGGGAUUCCAUAAAUGUCGGACGUACAUUCGUAAAUUAUUUCAGAAAAUAAAACCAAAUCUUUUUACAAAACAAUUAACAAUUCGCGCGGCAAAUACCAAAGCAAAUAAUAAGUGCUGACCGCGACCGCUAACCAAGCACAACACCAUGGCCUUCUCCACGCAGAAGGAGUUCUUCCAUGUGCCGUUCAAGAACGAAACCAUCGCGAGUCGCGACUGCCCCGAUGCGUGUGUAAAACUUAAGAGCUAUCCAUCGACUAUCGAUGAUCGGUCCUGGUCGGCAAACGAAAAGCAGAAGUCGCGCUUUGUGGCUGAGCUUGUUGCCUGCACCGCAGCGGCUGGUGGGGCUGGUGGAGCUGGUCGUGGCGCUGAUUCGGCGGGACAAGGGCCAUCUGGCGGCCGCUCACUCGCCGCGGAUGAUUACGGCAGCAAUCUGGUGGUGGGCGACAGCCUAAUCAAUGCCGCCGAUGACACAAUUGGGCGCAUGCAGAGUCUGAUGGUGAAGAACAACAUACUAAAGGAAAAGCUGGCCGACUCGAACGAUCAACUGAAGACGGCCCAGCAGGAGUCAGCCGAGAUCAAGCGUAUUAUGGCCCAACGCUACGAUCCAGAUAGGAGCAAGGCCCUGAAGAAGAAGGUCAAGGAGCUGUCCGAUGCCAAGAAGAUCGAUCCCAAAGAUGAGCAGGAGCUGAAUGAACUGAUGAGGGCCAUCGACGACAUGAACAAGGCCCACGAUAUCCUCGAGGCCGAGAAUGGCACUCUGAAGCGCCUGAUCGAGAAGCAGUCGAAGCGCAGCAACCUGGAGAGCAUCAAGAUCGAGCCCGAGAAGAGCAGCGACAUACCCUAUCUGCAGAAGAAGAUUGAAAGUCUGGGCAAGGAACUGAUCCUGCUGCGCCAGGCCGAGGACGAGUGCAUGAAGGCUGCAGGCAAUCAGUCUGGCGGCAAACACGCGUUCUCGCCCGAAAAGGACGUGGGCAACAUUCAGAAGAUCCUGGCGGAGCGUGAUGCGCUGCGCAAAAAGUGCAAGGCCCUGACGAUGCUCAACGAGAAGGUCACCAAGCUGAAGAACCAGGCCGAGACGGCAGAGCAUGUUCAGGGCGAUCUGGAGGAUAACCUCAAGCACCACGACCAGUAUAUCAGCGACAUGCAGCAGGAGAUGGAAGACAUGCAGAACUUCUACGAGGGCGAGGUGGACAAGGUCAAAGGAAACGAGGAGCUACUCCUGUGCCGCUGCAAUGAGAUGAAGCAACAGCUGGCGGUCGUGCAGUCCAACGCUCAGAAGGCCGAGUGCCAGACAAUGGAGAUCGAUGUGCUGCGCAACGAGCUGCGCAAGCGGGACAUUGCCAUAAGCGCCUACGGCACCCAGUACGAGCAGCUGAUGGCGAAGGCCAAGCUCUUUAAGGAAGGUGGCUAUCGCUAUCUUGACAAAAUGCCGGAUGACGGCAAUAAUAUUGGUGUGGAUGAGAAUGGGGAUGAUGGAGAUUGUCCAUGUUAGGAGUCGAAAGCGCGCGCCAUCAAUAGCCCAGUCCGAGUAUACAAAACGACCUAAAUUCCCAGAUACCUGCGAUCGAAAUCAUCUGUUCUUUUACCAAAUUAAAUGUUAAAUCCGGCUAAUGGCC